UAGUUCGCAUUCUCCAACACAAAAAUACAAAGAAAAUGCAGAGUGCCUUUCUAUUUACUACUGCCAUACUCAUUUUGGGUUUAUAUUUCCCCCCAAAAUUUCAGGUAGCAGAUGCAGCUCAUACUUGGCUCUCAGCACAUGCAACAUUCUAUGGUGGAAGUGAUGCUUCUGGUACAAUGGGUGGAGCUUGUGGUUAUGGCAAUCUCUACACAGAUGGUUAUGGAACAAACACGGCCGCACUCAGCACGGUUUUGUUUAACGACGGCAAGUCAUGUGGAGGCUGCUAUCAGAUAACUUGCGACGCAAACCAGGUGCCUCAAUGGUGUCUCAAGGGUAAAUACAUUACCAUCACAGCCACCAACUUCUGCCCUCCGAACUAUGCGCUCCCGAACGACAAUGGCGGCUGGUGUAAUCCUCCAAGACCACAUUUCGACAUGGCUCAACCUGCAUUCGAGACCAUAGCUAAAUACCGGGCUGGAAUUGUACCAGUCCUCUACAGGAGGGUUACAUGCAGGAGAAAGGGAGGGAUGAGGUUCACCAUCAAUGGAAGGAACUAUUUCGAGCUGGUGCUGAUAUCAAAUGUUGGGGGUGCUGGAGAGAUCUCCAAGGUAUGGAUAAUGGGUUCCAAAACAAAUAAAUGGGAAAGCAUGUCGAGGAACUGGGGUGCCAAUUGGCAGAGCUUAAGCUAUCUAAACGGCCAGAGCUUGUCAUUCAGGGUUCAAGCCGGUAAUGGUAUGAUUCGAACUGCACUUAAUGUGGUGCCUUCAAAUUGGCAAUUCGGGCAGUCUUUCAAAAGCAAUGUUCAGAUUUAGAACUUCCCAUAUUGUCUCACAUAUGUAUUUGUUUAUGUACUUUGUUUUUCGACAUUUUCUCUUUUUUACUUCCAAGCUGUAUUAUAUAGUGUCAUCACUUAGGUUGUGGCUUAGCGUUUUACAGUGAAGCCCAGCAAGUGAUUUGUUUACAAUAUAUAUAUAUAUAUAUAUA